AAAGCAGAAAUUUCAGAGAAUUAUGUUGAGAAAUAUUUCACAUCCCAGUGGCCUUUAGUGAAGGCCACUAUUGAGUUAGGCUUCAGUCGGAUAACCAAACAACAAAACAACUAAAAUCACUUCUAGCUAUUGGAGCUAGCACUUACUGUAAUUAAAAUCGGGAUUGAACCCAGAGAUUGCACAGCCAAAUUCCCAGCCCUUCUUAUUUUGAAAGAGUCUCACCAAGUUGCCCAGGCAACAGCAGGGCUUAUUACUUCUCUUGUCUUGGUUGGAUGCACAAAUCUGUGUGCAGUGCUUUUUGCCCGUUGCCUAGACGAUCACAUUGGUUUCUCUGAGGAUGUCUGGUUCUCGUAAAGAGUUUGAUGUGAAACAGAUUUUGAAAAUCAGAUGGAGGUGGUUUGGCCAUCAAGCAUCAUCUUCUAAUUCUACAGUUGACAGCCAGCAGGGAGAAUUUUGGAAUCGAGGACAGACUGGAGCAAACGGUGGGAGAAAGUUUUUAGAUCCGUGUAGCCUGCAAUUGCCUUUGGCUUCAAUUGGUUACCGAAGGUCCAGCCAACUGGAUUUUCAGAAUUCACCUUCUUGGCCAAUGGCAUCCACCUCUGAAGUCCCUGCAUUUGAGUUUACAGCAGAAGAUUGUGGUGGUGCACAUUGGCUGGAUAGACCAGAAGUGGAUGAUGGCACUAGUGAAGAAGAAAAUGAAUCAGAUUCCAGUUCGUGCAGAACAUGGAAUUCUGAACUGUGGUGUUGGAAUGAUAAAAAAUAUAAACCAGUCCUCUGUAAUCAUUUGUGUAAUGGAGAGAGGGGAAUAUCUUUACAUAGGACAUCCAAUAGUAGUCAGACAUUAUCAUCCUGUCAUACUAUGGAGCCAUGUUCAUCCGAUGAAUUUUUUCAAGCCCUUAAUCAUGCUGAACAAACAUUUAAAAAAAUGGAAAACUAUUUGAGACACAAACAGUUAUGUGAUGUAAUUUUAGUUGCUGGUGAUCGGAGAAUUCCAGCUCACAGAUUGGUGCUCUCCUCUGUCUCAGAUUAUUUUGCUGCCAUGUUUACUAAUGAUGUCAGAGAGGCAAGACAGGAAGAAAUAAAAAUGGAAGGUGUAGAGCCAAACUCGUUAUGGUCCUUGAUUCAGUAUGCAUAUACAGGCCGCCUUGAAUUAAAAGAAGAUAAUAUUGAGUGCCUGUUAUCCACAGCCUGCCUCCUUCAGCUUUCGCAGGUUGUGGAGGCAUGCUGUAAGUUUUUAAUGAAACAGCUUCACCCAUCCAACUGUCUUGGAAUCCGUUCUUUUGCUGAUGCCCAAGGUUGUACAGAUUUGCAUAAAGUGGCUCACAAUUAUACUAUGGAACAUUUCAUGGAAGUAAUCAGAAACCAGGAAUUUGUAUUAUUACCAGCCAGUGAAAUUGCAAAGCUCCUGGCCAGUGAUGACAUGAACAUUCCUAAUGAGGAGACAAUAUUGAAUGCACUUCUCACUUGGGUCCGUCACGAUUUAGAGCAGAGACGGAAAGAUCUCAGUAAACUUUUAGCUUAUAUUAGGCUACCUCUUCUUGCACCACAGUUCCUGGCAGAUAUGGAAAAUAAUACACUUUUUCGGGAUGACAUAGAAUGUCAGAAACUCAUUAUGGAAGCAAUGAAGUAUCAUUUAUUACCAGAGAGACGACCCAUGUUACAAAGUCCUCGGACAAAACCUAGAAAGUCAACUGUUGGUACAUUAUUUGCAGUUGGAGGAAUGGAUUCAACAAAAGGCGCAACAAGCAUUGAAAAGUAUGAUCUCCGUACAAAUAUGUGGACUCCUGUGGCAACUAUGAAUGGGAGGAGGCUACAGUUUGGAGUUGCGGUGUUAGAUGACAAACUGUUUGUGGUUGGAGGGAGAGAUGGACUGAAGACUUUAAAUACUGUAGAAUGCUACAAUCCCAAAACAAAAACUUGGAGUGUGAUGCCACCUAUGUCCACACAUAGACAUGGCCUUGGUGUGGCUGUGCUGGAAGGCCCCAUGUAUGCAGUCGGAGGGCACGAUGGCUGGAGCUAUCUGAACACGGUGGAAAGAUGGGACCCACAGGCUCGCCAGUGGAAUUUUGUUGCCACUAUGUCCACGCCCAGGAGCACAGUAGGUGUGGCAGUACUCAGUGGAAAACUUUAUGCAGUUGGUGGUCGUGAUGGAAGCUCUUGUCUCAAAUCAGUAGAAUGCUUUGAUCCUCAUACUAAUAAAUGGACACUGUGUGCACAGAUGUCAAAAAGGAGAGGUGGUGUCGGAGUAACAACUUGGAAUGGUCUGCUGUAUGCUAUUGGAGGACAUGAUGCCCCUGCAUCCAACUUGACUUCCAGACUCUCAGACUGUGUGGAGAGAUAUGAUCCCAAAACAGAUAUGUGGACUGCAGUGGCAUCUAUGAGCAUCAGCAGAGAUGCAGUGGGAGUCUGUUUACUUGGUGAUAAAUUGUAUGCCGUUGGAGGGUACGAUGGACAGACUUAUCUUAAUACAGUGGAGGCUUAUGAUCCCCAGACAAACGAGUGGACCCAGGUUGCUCCACUGUGCCUAGGAAGAGCUGGAACUUGUGUUGUGACUGUAAAAUUAUAAUUUUACAUUUAUAUGCAUUGUUUUCUAAGUGAAGAUACCCUCAUUCUUUAUUAAUUUAGUACAGAUGUUCUACUAUCAGUGGAUAAAUUUUUAGCAGACAUGGCAUCCCACAUUCCUGGGCACAAAGUGCCUCAUCUUAAAGUGAAUAUGUUAAACCAAGGGAGGAAGGAGUAGAUGGACCAGGAUCAAAUACUUUCAUUCCUUAAUAAAUCAGGACUACAGCUGGUAAAUUGUGAACAUGUUUCUGAUAUAAAAUAUGAGGGCAAAUCCACUGGUCAAAACAUAAUCCAUUACUAACUAGGAAUUUAUUUUAUUCACAGUCAAGCACAUUUUACUCCCACUACCUACCCAGACUUAUUUUAUUACAGUGCAAACAUAUCAUAUAAAGCUUAAAAUACUGAUCUGUAAGUUUACUACACAUGAAUUGCAGUAAUUUUUGUUUAAUCACAAUCACUAUUUUAAUGAUAAUAAAGAUACACUAUUUAAUUUUUCAGAAAAAGCUAUAUUGCAUAUGCUUUGGUUGUGGAUUUUAUUUCUAAAAUUGGCUUAGUCCAGUAAAUGAAGAACACUAAAGCAUUAAAACAACAGUGACCAAAUAAACACUUGAUGUGAUCUUUGGGGCCUAUUUAAAUGUUCAUUCCAUUACAUCUAAGAAUCACCAAGAACUACAUGUAUACUAUUCAACUAAAAUUGAAACAUGAUGUUUUACAUUAAAUUUAAGAUUUGCAAAUUUAUGUAGAGAAAAUAAAUUUCAUUUAUUUUAUAAUGUUCA